AUGUUGCAUCCACAAUUCCCGUCUCCUCCCCUUUACCUGAACGCCAGCACAAACUUUGAUGCCCAGAAUGGCAGCACGGCAAUACUUCGUCCAACACGACUCGACAAGGUUCGGUGGUCGGCAUGUUUCAGCACCGACUGGCGGACCGGUCCCGCGGAACCACUCUCCUGGAAGACGCCACGCUUUUUCCUCACAUUCACUGGAAACGGUGUUUUGCGCAAGCGACAACGUGCUGUCAUUGCCUUUCUCGCCAUGUGCUCGGUGCUGUUUGGAUCGCCUGCUGCCGUGUUCCGCGGUGCCUGA